AUUUAUUCACUUUUACAGCAGGAUAGUGAAUGUCUUUCUUCAUCAUGAAUGUCAAAAUUGUCAAAAUCAAAUGAUGGCGGAUGUAUCGGAUCUAAUCAUCAAUGUGGGAGCUCGUUUUAUGCAUUAAUUCACUAUGAAAUCUGUAUUAAUGGUGGCUGAAAAGCCAUCGUUGGCUCAGAACUUAGCUAAUAUAUUGAGUAAUGGAAAGUGUACCACUAAUAAAGGAUCAAAUUCUGCAUGUUCUGUUCACGAAUGGAAUGGUACAUUUAAAAAUGAGCCGGUGCAUUAUAAAAUGACCUCUGUAUGUGGUCAUGUGAUGAGUUUAGACUUCACGGGGAAAUACAAUAACUGGGAUAAGGUGGACCCGGUGGAGCUGUUCAGCUGUAGCACGGAGAAAAAAGAAGCGAUGCCGCGUUUGCGGAUUCCGGCGUUUUUAGCCCAGGAGUCCAGGGGCUGCGACUACCUUGUGCUGUGGCUGGAUUGCGAUAAAGAGGGGGAGAAUAUUUGUUUUGAGGUCAUGAGUUGUGUACAACCAUACAUGAAAGGAGACGUCUGUUCCCCAAACGUGACCUAUAGAGCCCGGUUCUCGGCCAUUACGGAUAAAGACAUCAAAGCGGCCAUGUUGAAUCUGGUGCGACCUAAUGAGAAUGAGUCCCGCAGUGUUGAUGCUCGGCAGGAGUUGGAUUUGCGUAUUGGAUGUGCAUUUACACGGUUUCAGACUAAAUACUUUCAAGGAAGAUAUGGUGAUUUAGACGCCUCCCUAAUAUCGUACGGGCCAUGCCAGACCCCGACCCUCGGUUUCUGCGUCCAACGCCAUGAUGAAAUCCAGACAUUUAAGCCAGAAACAUACUGGGUGCUGCGAGUAACUGCCUCGACGUCUGAAGGGAGAGAGCUGCCGCUAGAAUGGAAGAGAGUGAGAAGUUUCGAUAAGGACAUUGCUAAUAUGUUCUUGUCAGGGAUCAAGGAGAUUAAGGAAGCUCAAGUAAUACAAGUCCAGGCUAAAGAGAAGGUGAAAGCGCGGCCGACGGCUCUGAACACCGUGGAGCUGAUGAGGGUCGCUAGCGCUGGAUUGGGAAUGUCUCCACAUCAAGCUAUGCAGGUGGCUGAGCGGUUGUACACUCAAGGUUAUAUCUCGUACCCGCGUACUGAAACCACGAGCUACCCUGAAAACUUCGACUUGAUGGGCACCCUCCGGCAGCAGCAGAGCUCCAGCAAGUGGGGCGCGGAAGUGCGGGCCCUGGUGGCGGCCGGCAUCAACAAACCCAAGAAGGGCCACGACGCCGGCGACCACCCGCCCAUCACGCCCAUGCGGCCCGCCUCCGAAUCGGAGCUAGAAGGCGACAUGUGGCGUAUCUACGACUACGUCACGCGGCAUUUCAUCGCAACUUUAUCUCGCGACUGCAAGUACCUGAGCACCACCAUCACCUUCAAGAUAGGCACUGAGACCUUCAGCUACACCGGCAACACUCUGGUGGACGCUGGCUACACCGAGAUCAUGCAUUGGCAGGCUUUCGGCAAAGACGAGUUCGUGCCUCUGUUGUCGGUGGACGACAUGCUGCGCGCGCACGAGCACCGCCUCGUCGAGUGCCAGACCUCGCCGCCAGACUACCUCACCGAGUCUGAGGUGAUCACCCUAAUGGAAAAACACGGGAUCGGCACCGACGCGUCCAUCCCCGUGCACAUCAACAACAUCUGCCAGCGGAACUACGUGACCGUCGGCAGCGGCCGCCGCCUCGUGCCCACCAACCUGGGCAUCGUCCUCGUCCACGGCUAUCAGAAGAUCGACCCAGAACUCGUCCUACCAACCAUGCGUUCAGCCGUCGAAGAGCAGCUCAACCUCAUCGCAAUCGGUCGAGCCGAUUUCCAAGCAGUCCUAGCUCACACCACCGAGAUAUUUAGAAGAAAGUUCCAAUAUUUCGUCCGCUCCAUUGAGGGAAUGGAUCAACUGUUUGAAGUUAAUUUUUCAUCACUAAAAGCGAGCGGGAAAGCACUUAGCCGAUGUGGAAAAUGUAGACGUUACAUGAGAUAUAUACAGGCGAAGCCCACCCGCCUGCACUGCUCGCACUGCGACGACACGUACGGGCUCCCGCAGAGCGGCUCGGUGCGCAUCUACCGCGAGCUGAAGUGUCCGCUGGACGACUUCGAGCUGCUGUCCUGGUCCACCGGCACCAAGGGCAAGAGCUUCCCGCUGUGCCCCUACUGCUACAACCACCCUCCCUUCAGGGACAUGAAGAAGGGCUUCGGUUGCAACUCGUGCACGCACCCGACGUGCGCGUACGGCGUGAACUCGACGGGCGUGUCGGGCUGCGUGGAGUGCGAGCACGGCGUGCUCGUGCUGGACCCCGCCGCGCCCAAGUGGAAGCUCGCUUGUAACAGAUGCGACGUUAUAAUAAACGUGUUCGAAGACGCAAUCCGCGUGUCGGUGUGCGAGCAGCAAUGUUCUCUAUGCGGCGCGCAGCUGGUCACCGCGGAGUACAGGCCGGAAAGGACGCCGUUGCCGGCCGCUCUCACGGAGAUGACUGGCUGUCUUUACUGCGAGCCCGCGUUCAGUUCACAGUUGGAGAAGCACCGCGCGGUGGCGGCGCGCGCGCCGGCGGGGCGGGGGCGCGGGCGCGUGGGCGGCGGCGGCGGCGCGCGCGGCAAGCACCGCCCCAAGCCGCCCAAGGACAAGAUGGCGCAGCUCGCCGCCUACUUCGUCUAGGUAUACUAACACCAUUUACACACUUACAUCAUUAUUUUUCUAUCGUAUUUUCUCGGAAACGUUCGUAAUCGUCACGCUAUUUCAGUCAACCUCAGUACAGAUGUAGUGAAUAAUCCUUUCCCAUUGUAUUUUCUCGGGAUCGUUCGUAUUUUUUUUUAUACUACGCCGGUGGCAAACAAGCAUACGGCCCGCCUGAUGGUAAGCAGUAUCCGCAGCCUAUGUACGCCUGCAACUCCAGAAGAGUUACAUGCGCGUUGCCGACCCUAACCCCCUCCCCCCCCUCGUUGAGCUCUGGCAACCUUACCCACCGGCAGGAACACAACACUAUGAGUAGGGUCUAGUGUUAUUUGGCUGCGAUUUUCUGUAAGGUGGAGGUACUUCCCCAGUUGGGCUCUGCUCUAGAUCUGGAAUGACAUCCGCUGUGCUGUGCCCUACCACACAGAGCGAGAUGACAUUCACAAUGCCCAUACCUCUCUCGUAUGUCAUGCUACUUCAGUCAACCUCAGUAAAUUUUGUACCGAGACUGACUGAAAUAGCAUGACACAUUCGUAAGUUUCCGUGAAAAUACGAUGGAAAAUAAUUAUUCGCUCGCAAAAUAUUAAUCUGUAAUACGUCUCCUAGGGUCAUUUCGCUACUUUCCGUCCAGCUGUAAUUUUUGUCCACUUGACGAACUUGAAUAUAAACCUACCUUACCGCACACAUUUGAAUUUAUUACAAUCCUUAAUCUAUAAUACAGUCACGUCUGAAAAUAUCGAUACGGACAAAAUGCCAAAAAUAUGUAUACACUACCCUAAUAUAUGGCCCAUAAUGUCAUGUAUACAUUUUUUUAUGUUAGAAGAGGCAAACAAGCAGACGGAUCACCUGUUGGUAAGCGAUUACCGCCGCCCAUGGACACCAUAUUUUUGGCACCUCGAUCGUGUUGAUGUUUUCGUACAUAUAUUUAUAAUAACAAUGAUUUUUCUCAAGUGGCGAAUUGAAAAUAAAAUAGUUUUGCACCAAAACUAAAGCUGGGCGGAAACUAGCGCAUACAUCGGGAUUUUCGGUGCAGGAAUGUUUGACAUUAGCCAAAGAGAAGGUAUCAACUUUAAAAAACAGAAUGUAUUCUAGCAAGUUUCUACCUAAUGAAUAAUUAAUUAAGAAACAAGUUAAAUUAAAAAAAAUAUAUUUUAUUUAUAUCUAAGCAAACUUUGUUAUCAAUUGAAACAGUUUUUUUCACCACACAAACGCUAGGAAAAUACUAACUGUAAAACAUUAAAAAUCAAAUACAAAUGAAAGUUAUUGAAUGCCUAUCGUUCAAAAUCAUCAUUUGAAAGUUAAUUCUCCUCAAAAUUUGCAUCAAUUUUUAUUCAAGUGUUUGAAAGAUAAGGAACUUUAAGAGCUUGUGAGGUGAAAAUAAAAUGUAUCAUAGGAUUCACAAGGUGUAUUAAAUUCGCAUAGAGGUCGUUAUUCAUUAGGCAUAAUAUGACGUUUUUUCAGACUAACCUAUCUGUUUAUCUCUACUCUUACUCAAAUCAUCCCCGCACCGAAAACCCCGAUGUAUGGCAAUGACUAUACGCUAAAAAUAGUAACGAUGAACUCGAAUACGUGAUCAAUUGAAUUACCUUAUCAUUAUCACAUUAUUGCUAUAUAGUCUCAUUUCCAGAAUUAAAAACAUUAAAUGGACAUUUCCGAGACGCGUACGGCCACGACUGAAAAUAUAGAAACAGACGACAAAGUGCCAAAAAUAUGUAUACACCUUAACUGAUGAGCAAUAAGGUCGUGUAUACAUGUUUUUGGCACUUCGUCUGUAUCGAUAUUUUCAGACGUGACUGUACAUAUUUCGUGCGGCGUUCAAUUUUCUACAAUUUAAGGUACUUUUAUUUAUGUGGCUCCCUGCCAUCCUCGAUCAUGUUUUACACAGAUCUGCACAAGUAAAAUAAAAAUCAUUUUGUGCUGUCAUUUUACUCUUCUAAUUCUGAAUUAAAGGAAGUAGAAUUUUGCCAAUAGAUUGAUUUUAAUCUUCGAGCAACACCGGCUUCCGACACGUCGGAAGGGAGGAGCCCAAGCGAUAUCUUACCGUACAAUUCGUUCUGCCGUUUUUCGGACGUGCACACAGUCGCACUUCUCACUCACUACAUACAAAACUCAAUCUGUAAUGACGACACAAAUACAUAGAAACUGACACACGUCAAAGACACAUAUUGCACACCUCGAUCUGUUUUUCUGUACGGACGAGUCACAACACAAGUUGCGGAAAGUUUCCAAAAAGUUGAAAAGUUCUCGAAAAUUUCGUGAAAAUUUCACAGAAAUAUAAGAAAUUUCCUUUUAAUGUUUCGGAAACUUUCAAUCCCCAUACGAAAAUGAGAAAAGUUUCUGAAACUUUCCUAUGGGGAAAAUUUCGUAAUUUUGGAAAGUUUCCUUCGGCACAUCAGUAGUUGGGCAUGUGCUUCGGCAGAGGGGAAAUAGUGCGAAUGCCGACUCCCUUCCCGGCGUUGCUCGAAGAUUUUAAUUAAACAAUGGCAUUACAAUAUUUGUUACUAACAGAUAAAUUCUGCUAAUAAAUCUUUAUAUUAACUCGUAAGUUCGCAGCUGGUUAUAUGUAUAAUUGUGUACCCCUAAAUUAUUUAAGUUUCGUGUUUUUAUGAAACAAUUUGUUUAAGUACAGGGUGGCCAAAUAAGAAGUAUACAUUUUGUUUUUAAAUUUUAACUGUAUUAAGUUCAAAAAUUAUUAAGUAUUGUUUUAAAAAUAUAUUCUUCAGGGUUGGCAAAUUCAUGCGAAACAUAAUGUCUGACAUAUGUCCACCUCUAACAGCAGGCAAAUGUAAGCCCUUAUCAUCCCAAAUGUUCAGCAUCUAUUCGCACAUUUUUGGCAUUAUCUUAGUACAUUUGUGUCGAAUACUCGGUUUUAACACUUUUAACUGUUUAAAUUUCAUCAGCUCGUUAGCAUAGACACGUAAUUUUAGAUAGCCCCACAGAAAUAAGUCGCGAGCUGCAAAAUUUGGGGAAUUUGGGUGCCAAUCACAAUCACUUUUUUUCAAAAUUAAUCGAGCAAACAACGUGUUUUAAACAACAGAAACAUUUGACAUAAAAUUGCUUGCUGCUAGUGGUAGACAUUUGGCAGAAAUUAUCUUCCGUAUACAAUUGCCAACCCUGAAUAAUAUAUUUAUAAAUAAAUAUUUAAUAAAAAUUUGUCCACCCUGUAUAACCCUAACUAUCGCAUUCGGCAUCCUUUCUGUGAUCCUAAUCAACCUUUCAUUUAACCUUUUGAACGCCAAGAACACCUAAAGUCGUCGUUACUAGUCGUGCACAGCGCCAAGGACAACUAUAGGUGUUAUGGCGGACGGUGUCAAAGUAACCUUCACACAUUCAAGUAAGGCUUACAUUCGCUCGCUUGCGCCCGUGACCUUGGCGUGUAAGUGACUUUUUGACGUGUAGCGUUCAAAAGGUUAAAAUAUGUCCAAACCGGAACAGUCAAGUGCAAAAAUAUGUAUCGAAAGAAUCGUCUCAUAAAUAUGGUACUACGCUCUUAUUACACUGGAAUAAGAUGCUGUGGGACAUAUUUUUGAGUAAGAUGUGUACACCCAUAUUUUUACACUUGACUGAACAAUGGAUUAGACGAAACAGAAAUUAACUUUUUUGUGUAAAAACUAAAUUUUGACACACUUCAGGAGGAUAAGUGUAAUGAAUUUUCAAUCAAGUCAAAAAGUCGAUUGUUAUUUACCUUAGAUACGUUUUGUAUUUAUUUUAUACUAGUUUAUUAAGUUAAAUAAACAUGUUUCUAACUUU